AUGCCAGGCCUUACGACCAAGAAUGUUUCUAAAAAGGGCUUCAGGAAAGCAGUCAAAAUUCGAAGGGAGGACGACCAAAGUGCCAGAGAUGCUGCCGAGAUGUCUGUUUCCAUCUACAAGUUGCUGAAGCAGAUACAUCCACAGGCUGAAAUCGCUUCAGAAGCCAUGAGCAUCAUGAAUGCUUUGGUGAAUGACACUUUUGAUCGCAUUGCAAAUGAGGCCUCUCGCCUGGCUUACUACAACAAACGCGCCAUCACCUCCAAGGAGAUCCAGACAGCUGUGCGCCUGCUGCUGCCGGAGGAGCUAGCCGAGAAAGCUGUGUCUGAGUGCAAGAGGGCUGUGGCCAAACACAAGCGCUCCCAGUGA